AGCAGGAAUUUGCGUCGAUUGCUGGAGCGUGGGCAGGAGCAGGAUUAAUGAACAAACUCUUGUGAUGAUCGGGCGGUGCAACGGUUGGAAAUCUAUUCCUUGGCCCCGCUCGCUCCAUGGCCCGGGCCGCGGGCCCCCAAGCCCGACCUCAGCCGCCAACAGAGAGCGCCGUCCCUAACACCGCGGGCAAUGCCGACGUGCAGGGCCUGGGCAGAGAAGCCGCCGCGCGAGCGGGCGCAGUGGGCACAGGCGGCUUCGGCUCUGGCAAGACAUCGGAGGACUGGCUCUUCGCUUCGAAGCCCACGCCGGCCACGUUCCUGGCGGGUCAUCCUGGCUUUGCUCCGGAGGAGACCGCCAGUGUCCCCAUGAUCCAGCGCUUGCCCAAGACCCUGCUGACUUCGACGAAUUCGGCUUCACCACGAAGGAGGAGGAGUUGAUGUCCGUCCCAACGUGGCUCGAAGCGCUGCGGCAUAAUAAAAUUCGGUAGUGGCCACUCAGCUAUGGGCCGGCGCUCCGCUGGACAUUGGCGGCUAAGGGAAUGUGUGGCUUCGGGCGUUCGGACAGAGUCUGUCAGGAGGAAGUGGCGGGGGUCGGCCAAGGACGGUGUUCGCAGCAAGUUGAGCGUGGCAAACCACCAAAGCACGCUAGACCACAUGAGCAUGGCAAACCAGCACGGCAGAAUUGUUUCCUUCUGUCGGCGGGGCCUUUUUGCCUUCGGGGCACCGCCAUUCCCAUUCCCAGCAUGGCAGACCACACCUACUCAGGCAGCCCACCCUCUUGGGAGAAAACACGCCCGAGCAUAGACAGGCGUUGGCGGCAACUCGGCAGCGCGUGACCGGGAAACUGUAGGCAUAUAGGAGGCGCCAGUGCGGCACUCGCUGGGCAACGUCAGCCUGCACACAAGUUGCGCUGCAGAUUUUUCUUUAAGGCUAAUGCACAGUCGUGAGUACAUCUUGGUGCGCCAAAGUUCGAUCUCUCAUUAACCGGACGCCGAUGCUGCGAUAGCUCUUGCCGAUGAUUGGGUCGAUACCGUUGAAACCAUCUUUGGCUUAUCUUUCCUCGUACGCACCGCUCCCCAGCUCAUUUGCACAGUUUCUCCG